UCAGGGUCUCCAUGGAGACGGCUUCUACCCGUCGGACUAACGUGGAGGGGAACUGCUAGCCUGAUGGAUGCGGACAGCCUCUUGUUGUCGCUGGAGCUGGCGUCUGGCAGUGGGCAAGGCCUCAGCCCAGAUCGUCGCGCCUCCCUGCUCACAUCCCUUCUGCUGGUUAAGCGCGAUUACCGCUUUGCUCGGGUCCUUUUCUGGGGCCGCAUCCUCGGUCUUGUUGCGGAUUAUUACAUCGCACAGGGCCUGAGUGAGGACCAGCUCGCACCACGCAAGACGCUGUACAGCCUGAACUGCACAGAGUGGAGCCUCUUGCCCCCUGCCACGGAGGAGAUGGCAACGCAGACAGCUGUGGUGAGUGGCCGCUUCAUGGGGGACCCCUCACACGAGUAUGAACACACUGAGCUCCAGAAGGUGAAUGAGGGUGAGAAGGUCUUCGAUGAAGAAGUGGUGGUCCAAAUCAAGGAAGAGACCCGGUUGGUGUCUAUUAUUGACCAGAUUGACAAAGCUGUAGCUGUCAUCCCCCGAGGUGCCCUCUUCAAGACUCCUUUUGGAGUCACCCACGUCAAUCGGACCUUUGAAGGCCUGCCCUUGUCUGAGAUCAGGAAGCUCAGCUCGUACUUCCACUUCAGGGAGGCUGUUGAUCUGAAGAACAAGACCUUGCUUGAGAAGGCAGACUUGGACCCCUCUCUGGAUUUCAUGGACUCCCUGGAGUAUGACAUCCCCAAAGGAGUAUAAUAUAAAGCCAGCUGUGGUGGUACAGACAUCUGGACUUCAAUGCACAGCCCUAUCUCAAAUGUAUCUGUAUUUAUAUAUCUGUCUCGAUGUAUAUCUUCAUCCAUAUAUGUUCGUUAUUAACUAUAGUUACCAUGUUUUACAACAGACCUUUUAAAUUUAUUUUUCCUAUCUACCAUCAUUCUACUUCCUGUGUCCUUUGAAGACCUAACCCCAUACUUUCUUUUAGCCAACCCACCUCUGGUAACAACCAUUCUCCUCCUUCUCUUCUUCUUUGAGACAAGGUGUCAUUAUG